UAGGACUCCAUCACACACCGAGGAAACACAUUCCCCUGCUACCUCAGCUCUCUACUCCCAAUACCAUGUCCUUCUACAACUUCUCCGAUGCUGUCUUCCCAGGAUGCUACUGGGGCAGCUUUGGCUACCCUCUGGGAUACAGCGUCGGUUGUGGCUUCGGCAGCACCUACUCCCCAGUGGGCUAUGGCUUGGGCUAUGGCUACAAUGGCUGCGGGGCUAACGGCUACAGAAGAUACUGGCCAUUUGCUCUCUACUGAUGUGCUGAAAUCCCUGAGGCGUAGAAUCUUCUCUCCCUUGAAGGCUGAGCAGCACAUCUGCAGGUUCCUCCUGUGUCUACUCCCUCAGUCUUCAUCUGCUCAUCAAGCUCAGAGU